GCGCUCUCUCCCUCCUCCCUUCCUUCCUCAUUCUGCCUUUCAAAUCAGUUUUAAAGAAACAGUUUGCUGCCUUUGUCACACCGUUCUCGUCUCUGGGAAGGGGCUGCUGUGUGGCUCCCGGCUUGGCUGCUGCCUGUACCCGGCCGGCCCCGAGCCCUCGCCCUCUUCUCUCACUGGCUGUGCGGGGCGACCUCAGCUCCGGAUCUUACACCUGCCAGGGGGUCACACACAGGUGCUGGGGUCAGGGCCUGCUCUCAGGAGGCGCUGUGCUGCCUGCUACACAGCUUUAUCCAACCGAUCAGGGCUUCCGCCGCCCCCAUCAAGGGAGGGAGACAUGGCCGUGGGAGGCGGCUGUGCUGGGCACCCCGUCCAGCUUCCUGGUCCUGCUAAAGCCAUCAGAUGUCCCACGUGCCCCAGAGCCGGCGCCCCCAGGAGGCUUCCGAGAGACUGUUUGUGUCUGUUUCAAGCUGUCUCCUUGGCAACCUGCACUGCCAGAGCCCCGAGGCUGGAGGAGAUGCCUUCCUUUAGGGUGGCUGGAAGCCCCUGACCCCCAGCCAGGGGCUGGACAAGGAGAAGCGCUCAGCGGCAGAGCCAGGAGGGGCCGGCGGGGCAGCUGGCAGGGGCCGCGCGCUCCCAGGAUGGGCUGCUUGGGGAGCAUCGCCCUGUCUGUCCUCGUGUGUGUCCCCCUCUGUCUGUGCGGGGCUUCGGCACAGGACGCCGGCCCGGCCGGGCCAAGAAGGCCAUUUCUCGAGAGGCUGCGAAGACUGGAAGGGCAGUUCCGGAAACUCCAGGAAGUGACGCUCGUGCACCUGCAGGCCAUCGCCCACAGCUACAACGCGUCCUUGGGCGUGCAGGCCCAGCUCCAGGGCCUGGCUGCGGAGAGCCGGGCCGCGGCUCUGGCACUCAACCAGUCACAGGCUGCCGUGCAGGGGGACCUGGUGCAGCUGAAGACCUGGGCGAGGAAGGCGCAGCGCAGGAGCAGGAGGGUGGGAGCACGGCUGCGGGCCCUGGCCCUGGCCCUGAGCGAGAAGAGUGCGCGGCGCUCCCAGGAGGAGAAGCAGCACCAGGCACAGAGGGACGCCGUCUCCGGCCUGGGCCUGGACGUGCGGGCCCUGCAGGACGCACUGGCCCGCCUGACACUCCAUGUCCACGGCCAGGACGCCAGGCUGGCUGCCCUUGAAGGGCGGCAGCCUACGGCCAACCCCGGCACCACAGCCCUGGGGCUGACCCCAACCCCAGCCCGGGCACCACCUGCGCAGUCAGGCCCGGGCCCCCACAGGCAGGGUCCUGGGGCUUCUCCUGGACCCAGGAGCCCUGCUCAGAACUUGGGUGCUGGUCGCCAGCAGACACGGGAGCCCCCCGCCCCAGGCAGUCAUCAGGAGCUCACCAGGGCCGCCGUCACGCAGAGGGACCCUCCGCAGUGGGUGCCGACCCCCCAGGGGCCAGGAGAGGCUUGCAGCCUGGGCCCUGUGCUGGUUUUCCCCAACGCCUCCACGGAGAACGUGGUCUUCCUCGGGCUGGGCCUCCCUGUGGCCCUGCGGGCCCUGUCCUUCUGCAGCUGGCUGCGCACGGCCCCCGGCCGCCUGGGCACCCUCCUCUCCUAUGCCACCGAGGACAACGACAACAAGCUAGUGCUGCACGGCCGAGACUCCCUGGCUCCAGGCACCGUGCACUUGGUGAUCGGUGACCCGGCCUUCAGGGAGCUGCCCCUGCAGCCGCUGCUGGACGGCCACUGGCACCACGUGUGCAUCAUCUGGACAUCCCUGCAGGGCAGGUACUGGCUGCACGUGGACCGCGCGCUGGUGGCCGCGGGCUCCCGCUUCAGGGAGGGCUAUGAGAUACCUCCUGGGGGGUCGCUGGUGCUGGGCCAGGAGCAAGACCGUGUGGGCGGCGGGUUUGACAGCUCUGAGGCCUUUGUGGGGAGCAUGUCAGGCUUGGCCAUCUGGGACCGGGCCCUGGUCCCUCGGGAAGUCACAAACCUCGCCACGGGGAAAGAGAUGCCGACAGGCGCCAUCCUGACGCUGGCCAAUGCGUCCACAGGUGGAUUUGUGCAGAGGGUCGGCUGCACCUGCCCGGGGAGCUGCUUGUGAGGCCGAGCCGGGCG